CAACGACAACCAGCAACACCCAGCAACGACAACCAGCAACACCCAGCAACAACUACUAUACACCACAACCAAAACCCUCUCCCGCAAUGGACGAACCCCCAGCCAAGCGUCACCACCAGCACCCUCCUUCCAAGGGCGGGCGAGCAUCGCAGCCAGUCGACACGACCGCCAAAGACGCCGAGCUCCUGGCGAGCAACAACCCAUUCAUGCCAAUGUUCCUGCACUUCCGCGAGGAGCUGGACACGCAUCACGACCGUCGCGAGCGCGUGAUCAAGGCCUCGCGCGACGUCACCGCGCUGAGCAAGAAGAUGAUUUUCACGCUGCAGCGCGCACGCAAGCUCGCCGCGCCACUCCCCGCGGCUCUCGAGGCAGAGUCCUCGCAGCGCCUAUCCGAGAUCCACUCCGCGCUUUCCAGCAUCGCGGCAGACCUGCAAGGCGUGAACGCGCAGCGGUACCAGCGCAACAUUUCGGGCGGGCUGCAGGAGCUGAUGGAGGCGCUGGCGUUCCGGCACUACCUCGUGACGGGGACGCUGCUAUCGUACACUGCUGCUGCUGCCGACCCCGUGCUCGCCGGGAUCGAGCUCACGGUUGCGGAUUAUAUACUUGGAAUCUUCGAUUUUGUAGGCGAGGUUAUGCGCUUCGCUAUUACUAUGGUUGCGCUUGCGGGCGGGGAGGGGGGCGAUGCGCACAGGAUUCUGCUGGAUUUGAGGAGGAUCCGUGAGGAGUUUGAGGGCGUGGAUACGAUGCAUCGUGAGGGCGGCAGCUACAUCGGGAAAGAUGUUGACAGGAAGAUGGUCGUCAUGAAGCAGUGCGUCGAGAAGGUUGAGAACGCCGUGUAUGGCGUGAUCGUGAGGGGGAGUGAGAGGCCGAAGGGUUGGGUGCCGGAGAUGGAAACGUUACCGAUGCAGGUCGGCGGGAGGGAUGAGUAGUGGUUAUUAUAAUUUGUGUAUGCUACACAUGACGGCGGGAAUGGCGUUUGGUCGGAAUCUUUAUGGGUUUUGUGGUUUUUCUCGCUCUCUUCUUUCUCUCUUUAUUCUCUCUUCCCUGCAAAACCGAAUGUACUACAUGGAGAGAAAAAACGCUUGCCUGCUACACAGCAGGUAUCGUACGUACUGGUUAGAGUAGCCACCAGCUCUCGGUCAAAUUCACAACGAGACACAAGAACAAGAAACAAAACGUAACGACGAAUGAGUGCGGGUACAGGUGCGGGUGCGGAAACAUCACACCGUGGCGUCGAGGCAAUCUCGCUACUAAUGAAAUGAAGUCAUGGGGGUUAGUUGCUCUACUCUAUGCUAGUUGUGCAGCACGGGCCGCUUGGAUGGAUGGGUG